CGGCCUUGGUUAGGUAGCGCGGUUCAGUAUUUUCUUUCCUGCUGGCAUGGUCGCGUGUAUACCGAACAGUUCAUGGCGUAUUUUGAUUUGGUGUAGUUAACGCGAAGGCGCUAUAAAGUUUAUUUUUAGGGCUAUUUUGCACAUUUUUAAUUGGUUUAUUAGUUUGGUGCGUGACCUAAAGGCCGCUACCUUUACGUGCUUCAAGGGUUGAUUUAUUUUGCUUGCUAAACUGCAAAAUUGCGUCUUGGACAAUAGUUCGGUAUUCCUGCAAACUUAACAUCCAAGUUGAUAAAACACCUACUUCUCACUGUGUGACGGGUCCGCAUGGCACGUGCCAGAGCGCCGUCCGCCAUCACCCGCCGCCAUGGUCAAGACGUUUCAGGCCUAUUUGCCUCCUCAGUGUCAUCGCACGUAUUCGUGCAUUCACUGUCGGGCCCAUCUCGCCAAUCACGAUGAACUUAUCUCAAAGUCAUUCCAAGGUUCGCAGGGUCGGGCGUAUUUAUUUAAUUCCGUAGUAAACGUCGGAUGUGGACCGGCAGAGGAACGCGUUCUUCUUACAGGGCUACAUGCGGUAGCUGAUAUAUACUGUGAAUGCUGUAAAACGACCUUAGGUUGGAAAUAUGAACAUGCCUUUGAAUCGAGUCAAAAAUACAAAGAAGGCAAAUUCAUAAUAGAAUUAGCCCACAUGAUCAAGGAGAAUGGAUGGGACUGACAAUACGAAUAGUGCCGGUUCCGGUGGUUUCCCUGCCAAUCAUGGUCGCGAAAGAUAAGCAAACCGC